ACGAUCAUUUUUUUUAACAUUUGAAUUCUCAUUUAUAUCAGAAAAUGUUAAGAGAGAUGGAAAACGAAUAGUCGAUGAUGAUUCUCUUUCUAAAUUUGAACUUUCUAUUGGUUUUUCAAUAUGCAUGCGAUUGUUCACACGCGGUAAUAAGUUACGAAGUUCUGCCUGCAAUCUUUCAAUUUCCUGAAUACGUACCAAUAUAUUGCGUAUCUCAUUUUCGUUCAUUAUAAUUUACACGUAAUAUAUUUUCGAAUUAUAUCAUUAUUCAUGCGAUUAGAAAAUUUUGUAAAAAAGAUAACCUGCAAAUUUUACGAUCACUCACCAAAAUCCAUAUUUACUUUUUUAAUAAUCUCUUUUUGUUUUCUCUUCUUUCCCCCUUCUUAUAACAGAUAUUAUUAUCGGCUAAUUUCAGUCGAAUCAAAUUAAAUACUCAAUUUUUAAUGAAUAAUGUGAUAUAACAAUGUGAUUACAAAUAAAAUAAACAAUAAUAGAAAUUCAAAAAUAUAUUACAUUAAUUAAUUUACCAAUGCAGGACCAAAUUUUAUUUAGUGAAAUAUAUGGCAACGAGGAAGAUAAUAUAUAUGUUAGAUCGAAAGAUCGCUCGUCGAUAAUCAAUUUACAAACUGGCUCGAAAAAUGUAAAGCCCUUAUUAUCUGGAAUUUUGUCGAUUAUCAAAGACGUUUUUUUACCUCAAGGAUUUCCUGACAGUGUUCAUCCUGAUUACAUUCCUUAUCAAAUAUGGGAUACAGUGCAGGCAUUUGCAAGUACCAUAAUGGGUACUCUCACAACUCAUUCAAUUAUGCAAGGAGUAGGUGUUGGAGAAUCUACUGCGACACCUUUAGCUGCAGCAAUAACUUGGAUUUUAAAAGAUGGAACUGGUAUGGUCGGGCGCAUAAUUUUUGCAUGGUGGAACGGGACUGACCUAGAUGGACAAUGUAAAAAAUGGAGAUUGUUUGCGGAUAUUCUUAAUGAUGUGGCAAUGGGCAUGGAAUUACUAAUACCUUAUUUCUCAGCUCAUUCAAUGGCCAUAUUGUGUGCUUCAACCGCAAUGAAGUCUAUUGUUGGUGUAGCCGGUGGUGCAACCAGAGCUGCAUUAACGCAACAUCAGGCCUUACAAAACAAUUUGGCAGAUGUAUCAGCUAAAGAUGGAAGUCAAGAAACCUGUGUUAAUCUUGUUGCAUCUUUUGUUGGAAUUUUCAUACUGUCGUACAUUUAUGAUGGACGAUAUUUAUUAGAAUUAUAUGUCUUCUUGGUGGCAGUGCAUUUAUAUGCCAAUUAUUCAGCAGUUAAAGCUUUACGGUUAAACACAUUAAAUGAAGAUCGUCUUGCUUUGUUAGUUAAAUAUUAUCUUAUUCAUGAAACCGUUCUUGAUGCGGCAGAAAUUAAUAAAAAAGAAUCUGUUUUCCUUUUGGGGAAACCUACAAAAGAUAUAUGUGGUUUUCAUAUAAAAUUAGGGGUAUCACUUUCAUAUAUUUUUAAAAGAAAUGGCAAUGAUACAUUGGAAGAUUUUCUAAAAGAUUUUCAACAUAAAGAAUAUUUAAUAUUUGUGGAUAUUAAGGAAAAAAUUAUUUUUGUAGUACUAAAAAAAAACAUAGAACAGAAUGAAAUAUUAAAAGCAUACUUUCAUGCUUGCCUUUGUGGCAUAUUAACAAGUAUGACACAACGACUUCCAAUUGAAUUGUUAUUAACGACUGAAACAUGUAAACCUUCAUUUCCUUUAAUACGUAUAUAUCUUCUUUCUAAGAAAUAUCAUAGCUCUUUUUCAUCCAUAGAAACUACCUUUUAUGAUACAAAUACUAUUAUUGAAAAAGAGUAUCAAACUUUUGUAAAACAUUUAGAUGACAAAGGAUGGAAUUUGAAGAUUAAUCUUUUACCCAUGAAUUCAUGGAGAUGUGUAUGGAAACAAUCCCAGAAAUAACUAUAAGAUCAGUCAAGAGAGAGAGAGAGAGAGAGAGAGAGAGAGAGAGAGAGAGAGAGAGAGAGAGAGAGAAAGAGAGAAAACUUUAUUUCUAGCAUUUUAUAAAAAUAUGACACACCUUUUUUUAAAUCUGUACAGUAGUC